UAUUAGUUGAGAUUGAUUCUGACUCGAGUGUCGACUUAUUUGAUUACGAAAUGUUUCAAGUGGAUUUUGGAUCCCUACAACUGUAAGCAAAGUCCGUUCCAUCAACUAGGUUCACGAGUCUCCCCUGUGACGAAAAAAAAAAAAGAAAAAGAAGAAGAAAACUAAUAAACUAAACUAUACUAAUUAAAAGUUGAUUAUCCUUCCAAUUAAUAAUAUCGAUCCUCCCUCCCAGUACUCUAUGUAGCUCCUUAUUAACCUUCUCCAUUCAUCCUCUCCUACCUCUCUCUCUCUCUCUCUUUCUCUCUCUUGAAGGUCUGAUUCGGGAGCUGUGGUUGCCCUAGCUAGCUCUACUUCAAGAGCUUCCUUCCUCAGAAUAAGAAAGUGAUUGAGCAUCUGUCCGAAAAAUGAUGCCUAGCACUGGACAAGCUUCCGUUCCACCGGGAUUCCGAUUCCAUCCCACAGAUGAGGAGCUUCUCUACUAUUACCUGAGAAAGAAGGUCUCCUACGAGGCGAUCGAUCUUGAUGUUAUCAGAGAGGUGGAUCUCAACAAGCUUGAGCCCUGGGACCUAAAAGAUAAAUGCAAAAUCGGGUCGGGGCCUCAGAACGAUUGGUACUUCUUUAGCCAUAAGGACAAGAAGUAUCCGACCGGAACUCGAACGAAUCGGGCAACCACAGCUGGGUUCUGGAAGGCGACUGGGAGGGACAAGGCCAUCCACCUCAGCAACUCCAAACGGAUUGGUAUGAGAAAGACGCUUGUCUUCUACACUGGCCGCGCUCCUCAUGGCCAGAAGACCGACUGGAUCAUGCAUGAGUACCGCCUCGAAGACGACACAACAGAAAUCCAGGAAGAUGGAUGGGUGGUGUGUCGGGUCUUCAAGAAGAAGCAUAUCCGAGGUUUUCAGCCGACUGAAGCGGCAGCUGCUGGUGAUCAGCAAGAAGAAGAGGACGAUCGGGUGCUGCAUGCGGAUCAUCCCCACCCGAUGAUGAUGAUGAUGAGGGGCCCAUCCCUCGGAGGUAUAAAACAAGGGCUACACCAGAACAUACUGCACUACUCGCAUUACAGUGGCCCCGCAUACGAUGGCCAUCUCCCGCAGCUGUUCAGUCCGGAGGCAGUCAUCCCAAACAUGAACUCCACUGAAGGCGAUAAUGUCAGCGGCAACAACGAAAUACUCGAGUGUUCGCAGAACUUGCUGAGGCUCACGGCAUCUUCUGGCAACAUUCUGCAGCAGCAGGAGAGGGGGCCGGGGUUGAGUAUGAAUAGCUUAUACGGGACAUCUUCGUCGGAUUGGUCGUUCCUCGACAAGCUCCUUGUGUCUCAUCAUCACCAUCACGGCCAGAGCGACCACAGCAAGCCGCCCAGUUCAGCUCUCUUCCCUGGAGUGCUCGAAGGGGCCUCCGACUCUGCUCCUCCUCCUCCAAGAUUGUUUCCAUUUCCAUACCUUGGCUGCGAUUAUUCUGUUGACCUCUUCAAGUUCUCGAAAUAGGGGAAACCAAUAAUUAAUCGCGUUUCCCUUACUCACUUUCUAUGUGUACGUACGUUGUCACGGCUUUUUUAUUUUUAUUUUUUUUAAUGUCAUGACCUAUUAAUUUGAUGGAUGAUCCUUGGCGUACGUUCCUUGCUAACUACGCGAGU